CAAUUUCUCAACAGUUCAGACAACCAACCACAUUCGCAAAUCAUUCCCAGUGUGCCACUCGUGCGCAUGUGUGCGUUCGGCUUCGUAAACGAGGGACUUUCUGAGCACGGCGAGGCCUCCUCGCUCCAUACACACCAGCAAAUCCCAGACUCCACGCAACUUCACAUUCUCGUUGUGUCCGGGCGUCGUUCACCAUGUCCGGGAUACUAACGGUGGCAACUAGAAAUUUGCCGCGGCCGGUGCUGCGUGCCUUCAAAAAGAAUCUGGACCGAAAUUUAAGUGAGGUAAAUCUACUAAAUCAAAGGGGUCUACACCAGGCUAGUGCUCUGGCCAACUCAUUCAGCUUGGCAUUCAAGGAACAAAACGCUUUUUUGAAUAAGUCUAAGAGUUGGUUCAGCGAAGUUCGCUAUUUGCGCACCAGUGCGACCCUUUUCGAUGAGAAAACCGUCAAUGUGCCACCAUUCGCCGACUCUGUCUCUGAAGGAGAUGUCAGGUGGCAGAAAAAGGUCGGUGACCAUGUCGCUGAAGACGAGGUCAUCUUGGAAAUUGAAACUGACAAGACAUCGGUACCGGUGCCGUCGCCCGGACACGGAAUCAUCAAGGAGUUGCUGGUGAAAGACGGCGACACGGUUAAAGCCGGUCAGCCGCUGUUCAAAAUCGACAUCACUGGUCAGCCACCGGCGGCUGGCGCAGCUAAACCAGCACCGGCUCCAGCUGCACCUGCACCUACACCUGCGGCACCUGCAGCACCUGCAGCAGCUGCCCCGCCUCCACCACCCAAACCCACACCGCCUGCUGGUGGUGCACCGCCGCCUCCUGCCCCACGUCCAGCGCCGGCUGCUAGUAUUCCGGUCGCAGCUAUCCGACAUGCCCAAGCUAUUGAUUCUGCCACUGUUAAGCUGCCUCCAGCAGAUCCCACCAAGGAAAUCUCUGGCACGCGUACCGAACACCGUGUGAAAAUGAACCGCAUGCGUUUGAAGAUUGCCGAACGUUUGAAGAGCGCCCAAAAUGAAAACGCCAUGUUAACUACCUUCAACGAAAUCGACAUGAGUCAAAUCAUGGAAUUCCGAAAAGCGAACCUCGAAGCUUUCCAGAAGAAGUAUGGCAUGAAACUAGGCUUCAUGUCCGCUUUUGCGAAGGCGGCGGCGUACGCGCUGCAAGACCAGCCCGUUGUGAAUGCAGUGAUUGACGGCACCGAUAUUAUUUAUCGGGACUUUGUUGACAUUUCGGUGGCGGUGGCGACUCCCAAAGGUCUAGUUGUGCCCGUCAUUCGUAAUGUUGAACGCAUGAACUACGCUGAAAUCGAAAUGGCGAUUGCUGCCAUGGGCGAAAAAGCGCGCACCGGCAAAUUGGCCGUCGAGGAUAUGGACGGAGGCACCUUCACCAUCAGUAAUGGUGGCGUCUUUGGCUCUUUGCUGGGCACACCUAUCAUUAAUCCACCGCAGUCUGCCAUUCUCGGAAUGCAUGGCACUUUUGAACGACCCGUUGCUAUUAAAGGACAGGUUGUGAUUAGGCCAAUGAUGUACAUUGCCUUGACUUACGAUCAUCGGUUGAUUGAUGGUCGUGAGGCUGUGAUGUUCCUGCGCAAGAUUAAGGGCGCCGUGGAGGAUCCACGUAUUGUGCUCGCUGGCCUGUAGGGCACCACACAACCACCCACACCCAAUCCCCGAGACAGGCGUCCCACGUCGACUUCUUAAAUACCCAAAUUCAAUAGCGAAAUACAUAAAUCGUGCACCGUGUUGGUAACAGGAUGGAUGCCACUAAAUGACGUAUCUCUUAAUUGUCGAUGCUUGCUGUUAGUGUUUAUCCUAUGUUAACAGUCAGUUUUAUGAUGUACUUGUACAUAUAUAUUAUUUAAAUAUCAAAGUGUCCUCUUAACUAGUAUUAGCUCAACUAGUAUUUGAUUGCGGUUACCUAAUCAAUGAGUGAAUAGGUAUUUUAAGUUAUUUUAAAAGAGUUUGUUUUUGAUAAACGGUGCCUGUAUGCAAUUCGAUUUAAACGAGUCCGCUAUUUUGAACACAAGAACAUCAUUCGAAAAUGCACCUGAUGCAUGUAUUUAAGAGGAAAUUAUUUAUUAUUGUUUCAAUUGUGAGUUGAAUAAAACAAACAAAUUAAAUAUCAA